AUGUCUCAUCCAGUCGAGCUCAUUUUCCUCGGCACAGGAACCUCAUCGAGUAUCCCCCACGUCGACUGCCUUACCAAUCCCCCCGAUGGAAGGCGGUGUAGAACAUGUUUAUCUACGCUGUUGCCCGAAGGAAAGAGAAAUAUAAGGCGGAAUACUAGUGCUGUAAUCCGUAUGGCUGCACCAAAAGACGGACGAGACGUAACGAUUGUUAUUGAUGCUGGAAAGACGUUCCAAGCAGCCGCGGUUGAAUGGUUCCCAAAGUAUGGACUACGGAAAAUCGACGCUUUACUCAUCACUCAUCCGCAUGCCGAUGCGAUGAAUGGUUUGGAUGAUCUCCGGGGGUGGACACUCGGCAAGCGGAUUCAAGAACACAUAGACGUUUAUGUUUCGCAAAACACAUUCACUGAAGUUCAGAGAUGCUUCCCAUACCUUGUGUCCAAGGAAUUCGCAUCCGGGGGUGGAGAUGUCCCUGAAUUUAAAUGGCAUAUAAUCGACGACAAGGUCCCCUUUGAAAUCGAAGAUACCGGAAUAAUGGUUACGCCUUUUUCUGUUCACCACGGACGAGUGUUCUCUACUCCCCCAUGCCCUUCUACUAUGUCUACGCCAGCCACGGUACCUUCGACUCCCACCACGUCCCAGAUGAGCCAACUGACUCUUAAGGACUCCCUUGACAAACUCUCCAACGGCACGGUUUCUCCCUCCAGAAGAUCGCUGAAUGGCAAGGAUGUCAUUCAACCAUACUACUGUUUCGGCUUCAAGGUUCAGGAAGAUAUUGUUUAUCUUUCUGAUACAUCCUAUAUCCCGGAUGAUGCAAUGGACAUUAUCCUCUCUUCGCCAACAGAUGACUCACGAUCGCGAGCCGCUCUACCCCUCUUCAUUCUUGAUUGCCUGCAUUUACGGCCCCAUACGUCUCACUUCGGCAUAGUAUCUGCUGUUGAUACGGCUCGGCGCGUUGGAGCACUUCGCACAUAUCUUACCGGCUUCUCGCAUGAGGUGUCACAUGAAGAGUGGGUCAGGAUCACAGAAGUGGUUAGCUCUGGAAGGUCACUUGCUCAGCGGCCGGGUCAAUGGUUGGAUGAAAUCACCAACACGGAGCAGCAGGCGUUGGGCAUGACCAUGAAGGAAGGGGAGAAUGCAGUCACCUGGAUGCGACCGGCAUUCGAUGGUCUUCGAAUAUGGGUGGACAAUGAUAUCGAUCAGAAAACAGUUCGGGACGACACAUACUGA